AUGGCCGCCCUCCGACUCCCAGCCCUCCUCCUAUGCUUCUGCAUCGCCACCCUACUAAUCUCGCCGUCCCAUUCCCAAACAUGCGCUUCGCAAACUUUCACCAGUAACAAAACCUACGCUAACUGCGUGGAACUCCCCACCCUAAACGCCGUCCUCCACUGGGACUACGCCAACACCGCCAGAUUGUACAAUUCCUAUCUCUCCAUCGCCUUCCUCGCUCGUCCGGCCUCACCCUCCGGUUGGAUCGCCUGGGGCAUCAACCCGGACAAGCCCCAAAUGGUCGGCACCCAGGCUCUACUCGCGUACAGGAAAAACGACAGCGGCUCGAUGGUCGUUAGGCCCUUCAACAUAGAUUCCAAGCCACCCACGUUCCCGUCGGCGCCGAUCUCGUUCGUGGUGCCUUACGUGAGCGCGGAGUAUGACGGCGAGGUGAUGGGGAUAUUCGCCACGCUGGAGCUGCCGAAGAACAUGACGUCGGUGAAUCACGUCUGGAACGUCGGCGGGCAGAUGAGUGAUGGCGUUCCGGCUCCGCAUGCGGUGGAGCCGGAGAAUCUUAGCUCCGUGGGAACGUUGGAUUUGGCGAAUGGUACUGCUGGAACGGCGAAUGGUACUGCUGGUCAGUCGACUUCUUCGACGACUGACAGUUCCGCCGACGAAGGACGACAAGGACAUAGCGGUGGUGAUAGGAUUGGAAGCCUCGGUUUUGGGCUUUUUGUUUCGGUGUUAGUUAUGGCCGCAGGUACUGUAAUUUGGUCUUAGACUCAAAUACGGGGUUGAAUUUUUUCUAUAGAUUUUUAAACAAUUAUUUUACGGAUCCGUUUUGGCAUUUUAGGG